AUGGUUAGCGAGCUCCGUUCGCGCACUGGCGCGGGGAUUAUGGAAUGCAAAAAGGCACUAACCGAAACGAACGGAAAUAUCGACGAAGCAAUUCAGAAGUUGCGGGAGCAGGGUUUGAAAGCUUCCGAACUCAAAGGCAGCAGGGUAGCAGAUGAGGGAUUGAUUGUUUCUUACAUCCACCCUGGAAGUCGUGUCGGCACAUUAGUCGAACUGAAUUGUGAAACCGAUUUCGUCGCGCGGACGGAGCAAUUCCAAGAGUUGGCGAAAGAGAUCGCGAUGCAGGUGGCAGCCGCUAAACCGAAAUACGUUAAAUCCGAAGAUGUACCUGCCGAGGAUCUUGAAACUGAAAAAUCGAUCCUGAAAGCACAAGCCGAACAAGAAGGCAAACCUGCCCAUAUCGCUGAACGGAUCGUUGAGGGACGGAUCUCUAAAUUUUACUCAGAGACGUGCCUCUUACAGCAGCCUUAUAUUCGCGAUACAGAUCAGACCAUUGAAAUCCUUGUUAAGAACGCUAUCGCCCAAUUGGGUGAGAAUAUCGUCGUCAAACGUUUUGUCCUUUAUGUUCUUGGACAGUAA